CAAUCGGAAGAAGCCUGUGCUCUGAUUAACGCUUUGUCCACUCGGGUCACUCCGGUCGCGUUGCCAUUGGGCAUUCUAUCUCCUCCGCCAAACACACUACCCAGUAUGCUUCCUACUGGCACAGUGGCAUACGUCUGUCUCACCUACAAUCCGAAACGGUUCCGUGUCCAAGGUAAUCCAUUAUCGUUUGAAAUCAGCAGCGAUACCAGCGAUCACAUUACCAAUCACGCCUGA